AUGAAGUCCAGUAUGCGUCAGUGGCGGAGGCUGGUGUUGGUGGGCAUGUUGGCAUGGGCCCUCCUCUUCCUGGUUCUGCUAUCCUACUUCCUAGAUGCCCGCGUGGAGAACGAGGCCCUGACCUCCGCCGGCUCCUCGCUCUCCCAGCAUCCUGACACACGGCGCUUGUCUUCCAUCCAAGCCGCCUCCCACCAGCAGCACCACUCCAUCAUGGGCUCCCGACCCGAACCCGCCUACACCACCUUUAGCACCAUCUACCCAGACCCUAACUCUAACCAUUACCCAGACUCCGAAGCAGAGCCUAGCCCCACUUUCACCACCCCAGAGCCUGGCCUGGAGCUGAGCCAGAGCUCAGACAGCGGUCCCUACGGGACCAGCCAUGAGGGGGAGGGGGGCAGCCGACAGCAGCAGGACUACCUGGACCCCCAGACCCUGGCUGCAUGGUCCUCCUUUGGCACGGAGAAUGUGGGUUCCCACUCCGACCAGGCGGUGACCCGCAGCCGUGAGAGAACCGCCUGGACCCCCUCCGAUGCUGACUGGGGGCCCAACCGAACCAAGCGCAGAUCCUCACGUGAGGACGAAGAGGAGGAGGAGGGGGUUCAGACGAAUAACAGCCACAGGAGGAGGACCACAGUGUGGGGGCGUAGGGGGAAGAGAGAUGGGUGGGGAAAAGAGGAUGAUUUAGAGGAGUACUACUUCUCCAAGUCGGCCUCGGUGGUGCAGCGACUUUGGCGGGGAAGUGUCUCCUCUGGAAUGCUGUCCCCGCGGCUGCAGCGCGCUAUGCGUGACUACCUGAGCGCCAACAAACACCACGUGACCUAUAAAGGAGGCAGACGGGCCGCCCAGAGCUCCAGGGAACUGCUGUGUGAGCUGAAGGACCAGGCCAGGCUGAGAACACUGGACGGGUCCGAGCAGCCCUUCUCCUCGCUGGGCUGGGCCCAUCUGGUGCCGAGCCUGGCCCUGGAGCAACUCUACAGACAGGGGGGCCAGAGGGGCUUCAGGAGCUGUGCUGUGGUGACCUCUGCUGGGGCUAUUCUGCACUCAGGCCUGGGGAAGGAGAUCGAUUCCCAUGAUGCAGUUCUGCGGUUCAACGCUGCGCCUACAGAGGGCUACGUGAGAGAUGUGGGGAACAAGACCACCAUCCGCAUCAUCAACUCACAGAUCCUGGCCAAUCCCAAGAACCGCUUCAACACCAGCUCCCUGUAUAAGAAGGUGACUCUGGUGGCCUGGGACCCUGCUCCGUACGCUGUCAACCUGCACAAGUGGUAUGCCAGUCCAGACUAUAACCUGUUCAGUCCAUAUGUGGAGCACCGGCGGUUCCACCCCACCCAGCCCUUCUACGUCCUCCACCCCAAAUAUGUGUGGCAGCUCUGGGACAUCAUCCAGGGCAACACCCAGGAGACCAUCCAGCCCAACCCACCCUCCUCAGGGUUCAUAGGCAUCCUUCUGAUGAUGGCGCUGUGUGAAGAGGUCCACGUGUACGAGUACAUCCCCUCGCUGCGACAGACAGACCUGUGCCACUACCACGAGCGCUACUACGAUGCAGCCUGCACCCUGGGGGCGUACCACCCACUGCUUUACGAGAAGAGCCUGGUGCAGCGCAUCAACACAGGCCCCGAGCGAGACCUGAAGAGGAAGGGCCGCGUCACCCUCCCUGGCUUCAGCACCGUCAACUGUGACCUCUGA